CUGUUUGCAUUUGCUGCAGUAUAAAUUGACAUUUAACACAAAGGACCAUGUAUGAGCAAGGAGAAAGGCUCAAGAUGGAAAAGCUGAUCCCAGUUGCUUUGCUCCUACUCACUGUGUUUGGCAGUGGAGUGGUCAGUCUCACUGAAAAAUCUGCCAUACCAAAGGAAAACAAUCCAGUUAUACAAUUAUCUAUCCUCAGACUUUCAGCUGCAAAUUUAGAUUUUGCCUUACGUCUCUACAGACAGAUUGCUUCACAGCCACGCUCAGCUGCCAAGAAUAUUUUCUUCUCUCCAGUUAGUGUCUCUGCAGCACUUAGCAUGCUUUCCUUGGGUGCAAGAGAUAACACAGUCAACCAGCUUCUACGUGUUCUUGGGUACAGUGAUAUGUCCCAAAAUGAUGCAGCAGAAGUGCAUGAAGCAUACAAAUACCUUCUGCAAAAGCUAACCAGAGAAAAUAGUGAACUGAAUUUAACAAUGGGCAAUUCUUUGCACAUCCAGCAGGAAUUUGUUGUUAAACAGAAAUUCCUUGAGGAUGCAAAGCAGUUUUAUAAGGCAGAGGUAAUGGAUGUUAAUUUCAAAGAACCAGAGAAUGCAAAAGGACAGAUCAAUGCAUACAUAAACAAGAAAACAUCUGGUGAAAUUCAAGAUUUUGUUAAAACCCUUGAUCGAUCAACUGUGAUGAUGCUUCUCAAUUAUGUCUUGUUCAAAGGUAGUUGGAUGAAACCUUUUGAUCCCACAGCAACGUAUGAAGCCGACUUCCACGUAGAUAACACAACAACAGUGAGAGUUCAAAUGAUGAAGAGGCUGGGGAUGUAUUACUCUGGUUAUGAUCAGCAAAUUUCCAGUUAUGUGGUUAGCAUUCCAUAUCAUGGAAAUGCAUCCUUGGUGCUGAUUCUACCAGCCCCAGGAAAAUUGGCAGAAGUCGAACAAAAUCUGACCAUUAGCCAUUUUCAAAACUUUUUUUUCUCAUUACCGUUUAGGUCUGCAACUCUGCACCUUCCAAAGUUAUUGUUGAAGGAAUCCUACCAGCUCAAAGAUCUGCUGAUGUCUAUGGGUAUUGUGGAUGUAUUCACAGAUAAUUCAAACCUUUCUGGAAUGUCUGAAACUGCCCCUCUAAAAGUAUCUGAGGUGACCCAUGAGGCAGUGCUGGAUAUUGAUGAAACAGGAACAAAAGCUACAGCUGUUACAGGAAUUGAAAUGAUACCAUUCUCUGUUCCUUCUGAGUAUGUAUUUAACAGGCCUUUCUUCCUAUUAAUUGCUGACCACAAUGUUAAGUCUGUCCUGUUUGCAGGAAGGGUAAUGAAUCCCACUGCGUGAUGCAGGCAAAAACUCCACACAUUUCCAAGAAUUGUAUCAUUGAUAAAUGGAAAGCAAUGACGUUAUGUCCAACAACGUUUAACAUCCAAUUGUUUGAGAGCAACCUUAAGUAAUUUAGUAAAUGUGCUUUACCAUAAAGUAAUGUACCAAGCUUUUUAUGAAGGCAAACAAAGGUCUCAUCAAUAAUAAUGAAUGUUUCAAAUUUAUUUCAAAUGUUUGUCAUGCUUUGAGUAAUUCACUAGUAUGUAUAUGAAUAACUUACAUUAAAACAGAAAAUGCAUCUGAA